AUGGCGGACACCACAAUUAUACCGUCUUCCUCGUCACUAUCCCCUAAUACAGCAUUCUCUCAAAUCAUUCAACAUAAAUCUCAGUCAUCGUUCACAGAAGAGCCAGAAGGUGUCCCCAACUUGAGCCCUUCUGGGUAUGAAUGUAUUAGAUACAUGGGAGCCUGCAAUGGUGGGCAAAUAUAUCUCGGAAAGAGAAUCAGCCUUCACAGUAUGGAGAGGAAAUUUGUCGCCAUUAAAAAGUACAGCAUUGAUGAUAUCGAUGAUUAUGCUGCUAUUGCAAAAGAAACUGCUUAUCUUCGAUUACUGCAACAUCCGAACAUUGUGGAACUCACUGCAUCUUUUGUCUAUGAAAAGUCCAUUUAUCAAAUGACGCCUGCAAUGAAUUUAGGAUCUCUUUUCGAUAUUGUAUUUGAAUACAAAAAGUGGGGACUCAACGAGAAAGCGAUAGCUGGAGUUACUAUUCAAGUUCUCGAAGGGCUUCACUAUUUACACGAGAGAAGAUAUAUUCAUAGAGAUGUGAAACCUAGACACAUUCUUCUCGACUCGGCGGGUAAUGUGAAACUAACUGGAUUCCGUUACAUGGUUGAAUUGAACCAUCACCUGGACUGUGCUUUCGAAUACGACACACAUCUUCAAAAUCAGAUGUACUAUCUUGCUCCUGAAGUCGUCGCUCAGAAUAUGCACGGCUACACUUCGAAAUCUGAUAUUUAUAUGCUGGGAAUAUCUGUCUGUGAGGCAAUAAACGGAGUGAUGCCAUUCGGUGAACUGGAACCUUUGGAGAUGUUGUUCCGCAAGGUUAAUGGACAAGUUCCAAGACCAGUGGAUAAGAAAAGUUUGGAAGAUGAUGCAGAUAUGGGAAUUGAUAUAUCUAUGCGCCCAGCUGACCAUCUAACUCGUGUAUUCUCACAAGAGAUGCACCAUUUCAUCUCCAACUGUCUAAAUUAUCAUCCUGAAAUGAGAGGAACUGCCUCCGAACUGAAAGCUUCCCCAUGGCUUGGAUCUGAGGAAAUGAAAAAAAUAGGCCCAUUCCAAGUCCAGCAAGAAUUGGGACUCGAUUAUUCGCACUUUGAUUUGGGACUCUGGUCUCAAGAACCUCUUCUGCCGGCUGAACCGGAACAGAAAUACGAAAUCGCUUUCGACUACUCGCCAAUCUCAUAA